AUCCUAAUCUACAUACUCAGGCACGACCUUCGUCUUGCAGACAAUCCCGUCUUCACUGCAGCUUCUACCACCAAUGCCACCUUCACUCAUCUCAUUCCACUGUUCAUUCUAAACCCUACGCAAUACGAGAUCUCUGGGUUCCUGAAGCCUGACGAGAAGUCGCCCUUUCCAGAGGCUCGUUCGCGUCUAGGUCAAUUCUGGCGUUGUGGACCAUACAGAGCCAAGUUCCUUGCCGAGUCACUAUUUGACCUAAAGAAGUCUCUGCAAUGUGUCGGGAGUGACCUUGUUAUUCGAACUGGGGAAGCGCAUGAUGUCAUCGGAAAAAUGAUCAAGAGCUUGAAUGGGGGGGACUCUGAGGUGAAAGCUGUCUGGAUGACUAGGGACUUUGCUGCAGAGGAGUUCGAUGAAGAGAGAAAGAUUCGGAAAACUUUACCGCCGGGUGUCUCGUUCCGAGCGUUUAGCGACGAGUCUACAUUAAUUAGCAAGAACGAUGUCCCAUACACGGCUGCUGACCUGCCGGAUGUCUUUACGAGUUUUAAAAAAUCGGUCGAACCUCUACGCUCAAAUGCCGGCAUGCCUAUUCAAAAUAUUCCUUCAAUCCCUCCGAUACCAAAUGACAUCCCCGCCCAACUUCAUCCGUUUAUCAUUCCCAAAACACUGGACGACCUCAUCUCCGCUCUCCAACAACCACUUUUCAAUAAGCCCGACAUUCCCUUACCAGCCUUCCCCGAGGGAAGUUUUUCCGCACAUCCAUUCAAAGGCGGCUCCACAGCAGCUCGCGCCAGACUCUCACACCUAAUCUCUUCCGACGCCGUAUCAACGUACAAAGACACGCGCAACGGACUUAUCGGGUGGGACUUCUCGACCAAGCUCAGUGCCUACCUUGCAUAUGGGUGUAUAUCUGCAGGUCAAGUCCACGCUGCCUUGAAGAAAUGGGAAGAUGAAUUUAAUGACGGACAAGAGAAUAAGGGAACUACGGCGAUUCGGUUUGAACUUCUGUGGAGGGACUAUAUGCGCCUGUGUUUAGAUAAAUAUGGGACAGAUUUCUUUCAGCUGUAUGGAUUUGGCAAGAAAGGAAGGAAAGGUGGCGAUGUGGAGUGGAAGAUACCUUCCGCCGACCCAAGAGCGAAAGAGGCGUUUAAGCGCUGGCUCACCGGACGAACGGGUACAGGCCUUAUUGACGCCGCGCAACGAGAAUUGCUUCUCACAGGCUACACGUCAAACCGCACGCGUCAGAACACUGCUUCCUUCCUUGCUGCACGUUUGCGUAUCGAUUGGCGUCUGGGUGCUGAAUGGUUUGAGAGUAUGCUGAUUGACUAUGAUUGUGCAAGCAAUUGGGGGAACUGGGCGUACGUUGCUGGCGUUGGGAAUGAUCCGCGCGAGAAUAGGAUGUUCAACCCCGUGAAACAGGCAAAUGACUAUGAUCCGAAAGGUGAAUAUAUUCGUGCAUGGGUAGAGGAGGCUCGUGACGUGGAAGAUGCUUCAUGUAUCUGGCAGCUGUGGAAACUCCCAAGGGAAGAAUGGAAG